CAUAAGGACAGGGUGGUAGUUUGAGUGAUAAAGAGGGGCAGUUUCGGAGUUAGAGAGAUAUCGAGAAGUCGGAAUUUAGGAGCCAAGCAAACUGAAAAUCUUCUCUCCGCCGCCACUUUGUGUGUAGAUUUUUCCAAGGGUAACAGGGAGUGGUGGCGUCUAUCAUAAGUAGGGGGGAACUGACAACCAAUCGUAUCUUACACUAUGAAGGGCCGUGUGAAAUGGGACGAAGCAAAUAUUGGGGAUAUUGAGAAAAACAAACCUGUUAGGCAGAAAAUAACUGAACCCAAGACACCAUAUCACCCCUGGAACGAUGACAAUGGUUCCUUGUCUCCGGAUGGUAGAUUCGAUGAUUGCACAGAUGAUGCCAUGCAUGCAGAAGCAAUAUGUUCGGCUUUGAACAAAAUGACUUCUUCUACUGGGAAAAGAUGUCACAAGUCUGAUGGCUGGACAUGGUCAGAUGAUGAAACUGUCCCCAUGGAUCAAGAUAAAGAUGAUGAUGAAGAAAGUAGCAGUUCAAAUUUUCAACAGCAGAGACGAGCUCACUAUGAUGAAUUCCAGAAAGUGAAAGAACUUCGAAGAAGAGAAUCCUUACUGGAGGGUGGUUCUGACGAGGAGAAUGGGAAUGAGAAUGAGAAAUCAUCAUUAAGUGAAGGAAAAAGAAUAAGAAGAGAUGUUGAGAUUGAAGAUGGUGGUGGACAUGUUCCAGAGCAGUUUAAACAUGUUGCUUAAGUGGAUUGAAUUUGGAUUUAUGAGGUUGUGGUCUCUAAAUUCUAUUUCAAAGCAUUUUGACUGAACGUGAAAUUAAACCUUUGUCUAAACAAAAGAAGUAGAAGAAAUCAUCGGAUGGAUGUUCUCGCGUUUGUAUAUGGUUUACCUUGACAUGUUUCUUGGUUAUCUUUUCCUUUUGAUGUUUCUUUCAUUGAAUUGAAUCAUUUUAUCAUCAUAAACUAGAUCAACUAUUUUUUUCUUA